AAAACAGCGACCGUUUACUUGUUGCAAGUUGUAACGUAUCGACUUUCUUUAGGGAAAGGGAACCGGAUCCGGUCACCGCACGCUUCUCUACGGUAAUGCUAUACUUUUGAGGCAUUGGAACAGUUACAUGUAUUUGGCCUGCUUAUCCACCAGUUCCAGUAAUGACAAGUUGUCAUUUGAUGUCGGCCUUCAGGAGCACAGUCAAGGUGAAGCGUGUUGGUGGACCGUCCAUCCGGCAAGUAAACAAAGAUCAGAGGGCGAGAAAGUGCGCGUUGGUGACGAUCUGAUUUUGGUAUCGGUAGCGACCGAGCGAUACUUGCACACCACUAAGGAAAACGAACUAUCCGUUGUCAAUGCAAGCUUCCAUGUAACCCAUUGGUCGGUGCAGCCGUACGGUACCGGAAUGUCCCGAAUGAAGUAUGUCGGUUACGUAUUCGGGGGAGACGUGCUUCGGUUUUUUCACGGAGGCGACGAGUGUCUGAGCGUGCCGUCGACGUGGUCCGAAGACCCCGCCCACAACAUCGUCGUCUACGAAGGGGGCAGCGUCAUGUCGCAGGCCCGCUCGCUUUGGCGUUUGGAAUUGGCGCGCACGAAAUGGGCCGGCGGUUUCAUCAACUUCUUUCACCCAAUGCGAAUACGACACAUUACCACCGGACGUUAUCUGAGCGUCAACGAAAAUAACGAGCUCUAUCUCGUCGGCAGGGAUGAGGCGACCACCGCCUCGUCGACGUUUUGUUUGCGUCACGAAAAGGACGAUCAAAAAAUCGUCGUCGAGGACAAGGAUUUGGAAGUGAUCGGUUCGGCGAUAAUCAAAUAUGGCGACUCGACCGUGAUCGUUCAGCACUCGGAGACCGGCCUGUGGCUCUCGUACAAGUCGUACGAGACCAAGAAGAAGGGCGUCGGAAAGGUCGAGGAGAAGCAGGCGAUAUUGCACGAGGAGGGGAAGAUGGACGACGGCCUCGACUUCAGCAGGAGCCAGGAGGAGGAGUCGAAAACGGCACGGGUCAUUCGCAAGUGCAACUGUUUGUUUGUUCAAUUUAUCAGCGGCUUGGAGGGUUUACAAAUGAGCCGAAGACAAUCGGUGUUUUUCGCGAACGUCAACCUGAACGAGAUGGUGAUGUGCCUCGAGGAUCUGAUCAACUACUUUGCUCAACCAGAGGACGACAUAGAGCACGAGGAGAAGCAAAACAAGCUGAGGGCGCUGAGAAAUCGCCAGGAUCUCUUUCAAGAGGAGGGGAUUUUGAAUUUGAUACUCGAGGCGAUCGACAAGAUGAACGUGAUCACCUCGCAGGGUUUCCUCGCCGGUCUCGCCGGCGAUCAAAGUUGGGAGAUGAUCUCGGGAUAUCUCUAUCAGCUUUUGGCGGCGAUCAUCAAGGGGAAUCAUACGAAUUGCGCGCAGUUCGCGAACACGAAUCGAUUGAACUGGCUCUUCUCGCGUUUGGGUUCUCAGGCCGCCGGCGAAGGAACGGGAAUGUUGGACGUGCUGCACUGCGUUCUGAUCGAUUCUCCCGAAGCCUUAAAUAUGUUAAGGGACGAACACAUCAAAGUGAUCAUCUCCCUACUGGAAAAGCACGGAAGAGAUCCCAAGGUCUUAGACGUGCUGUGUUCGCUUUGCGUCGGUAACGGCGUCGCGGUGCGCAGUUCGCAAAACAACAUAUGCGACUUUCUGCUGCCGGGCAAGAACCUCCUGUUACAGACGCAACUCGUCGACCACGUCGCCAGCAUCCGUCCAAAUAUAUUCGUGGGGCGCGUCGAAAACAGCGCCAUCUACCAGAAGUGGUACUUUGAGGUCACCGUCGAUCACUGGGAACAGACGACGCACAUGAUGCCGCAUCUUCGCAUCGGUUGGGCCAAUACCAAAGGUUACAUACCGUACCCGGGCGGAGGCGAGAAAUGGGGCGGCAACGGAAUAGGAGACGAUCUCUACUCGUUCGGAUUCGACGGCGCCUAUCUUUGGUCGGGCGGGCGAUCUACUCGCGUAAUCAACAACCCCAUCGAGCCUUAUAUUAAGAAGGGGGACGUAAUUGGCUGUGCAUUAGACUUAACUAUACCCAUAAUUUCGUUUACGUUCAACGGGAUUCCCAUUAGGGGAAGUUUCCGCAACUUCAAUUUGGAAGGGAUGUUCUUUCCGUCGAUCAGCUGCUCGUCGAAGUUGAGCUGCCGAUUUCUGCUCGGAGGCGAUCACGGACGCCUCCGAUUCGUACCGCCCGAGGAAUUCUCGCCGCUCAUCGAAAGCUUAUUGCCUCAGCAGAUCCUUAGCUUGGAUCCGUGUUUUUACUUUGGUAACUUGAACAAGUGCGUGCUGGCGGGACCGUUAGUGGUCGAGGAUGACGUGGCGUUCGUGCCGAAUCCUGUGGAUACGUCAGCGUUUUUUCUGGCAGGCUACAUCGAAUCGGUUAAGGACAAACUGGCCGAAAACAUACACGAAAUGUGGGCGAUGAAUAAAAUCGAAGCCGGUUGGCAGUGGGGCGAGUAUCGGGAUGACGUCCGACAUAUACACCCUUGCCUCGUCCCGUUCGAGAAACUACCACCGGCCGAAAAACGAUACGAUUCUCAAUUGGCUGUGCAAACUUUAAAAACGAUACUUGCCCUGGGCUACCACGUCACCAUGGACAAGCCACCCUCGCGCAUCAAAACCCUGCGCCUACCCCACGAGCCCUUCAUGCAGUCGAACGGCUACAAACCGGCGCCGCUAGACCUCGCCGCGAUCAUUCUAACCCCACGAAUGGAGGAGCUGGUCGAUCAGCUCGCGGAGAACACGCACAACCUCUGGGCGAAGGAGCGCAUUCAGCAGGGCUGGACGUACGGAUUGAACGAGGAUCCGGACCUGCAUCGCAGCCCGCACCUGGUGCCCUACUCGAAGGUCGACGACGCGAUCAAAAAGGCCAAUCGCGACACGGCGUCGGAAACUGUGCGAACGCUGCUGGUGUACGGGUACAACUUGGAUCCGCCGACGGGCGAGCAACCCGAAGCUCUGCUGGCCGAGGCUAGCAGGUUGCGACGGUCGCAGUUUCGAACGUACCGCGCCGAAAAGACGUACGCGGUCAGCUCCGGCAAGUGGUAUUUCGAAUUCGAAAUUCUUACGGCGGGCCCGAUGCGAGUGGGUUGGGCUCGUGCCGAUUGCGUGCCCGGCUGCAUGAUCGGUUCCGACGAAAGCACCUGGGCGUUCGACGGCUACAAUGAGGAAAAAGUAUAUGUAGGAACAGCAGAAUCGUUUGGUAAACAGUGGCAAGUUGGAGACGUUGUCGGCGUGUUUUUAGAUCUUAUCGAUCAUACAAUCAGUUUCUCCCUAAACGGCGAACUGCUGAUGGACGCGCUAGGUGGGGAGACGACGUUUGCAGAUGUACAGGGCGACGCCUUCGUUCCCGCGUGCACCUUAGGCGUGGGCCAGAAGGCAAAGUUGACGUUCGGCCAGGAUGUUACUACUCUAAAGUAUUUUACAACCUGCGGCCUGCAGGAGGGAUACGAACCGUUCUGCGUGAACAUGACUCGCGCCGUUACCUAUUGGUUCACGAAGGAUCAGCCUAUCUUUGAAAACACGGACGAUAUGGCCGACACGAGGAUCGACGUCACGCGAAUUAUGGCCGGUUCCGACAGUCCGCCCUGCCUGAAAAUUAGCCAUAACACCUUCGAGACCAUGGAGAAGGCGAACUGGGAAUUCUUAAGGCUCAGUUUACCUGUCAUUUGCGCGUCCGAAUUUAUCAGCGAAGAAGAAAAGAUGCGACGCUGGCAAGAGAUAAAAAUUCGACAACAUCGUCUAAAAAUCGAAGUCGAUCACAGUAACGCGGCGCCCGCAGCUCACAUCGAGCAAAUCAUGAAGAGCGGUUUCUCCAUGAGCGAUAUUAAGGGCCUCCAGCGGAAUUAUUCCGAGGACGCCGUCGAGGCCGACGAAAUGAUGAAGCCGUUAACGAAACACUCGAAGAGUCCGUCGCGGCCACCGCGAAAGGGGUCGCUGACGCGAAACCUGCCCACAUUCGAAAUCGACUCAGUGGCAACUUUAAACUCGUCGUCCAUGAAACUAGUGCAUCGUUCGAAUAGCGAGCUGGAUUUGCACCGCUAUCACGAGAUGGAGCUCAGUCCCGAGAAGAUGGACGACAAGAAGAAGCGCGGACGUUCGCCUUUUAGGUUCUUCACACGAAAGCGAGACACGAGCAGCGGCGAUCGCCUCAAGAGCUCAAAGGCGAAGACUCCCGAUUUGGAGAGGAGCCCCCGUUUGGGCAGGACGGGCCCGUCGGCUCGCAUCGCCAACAUCUCGCAGCAGCAGCUGGGUAAAACUAGCGCAAUUCAGUUGUCGCAGUCCGAUCUCAAGUUACAAGCGCCGUCCAUACCCGAACGUCAGCAGAAGACGUUGACUGUACCCCAUACGUCGGAGGUGGAGGCGGUCGGGAACGAAAUUUUCGACGCGGAGUGCCUUAAAUUGAUUAACGAAUAUUUUUAUGGUGUCCGAAUAUUUCCGGGCCAGGACCCUACGCACGUCUACGUGGGGUGGGUGACCACCCAGUACCACCUGCACUCGAAGGACUUCAACCAAAACCAGGUGCAGAAAGCGUCGGUUAUACUCGUGGACGACUACGAUCGGGUCAUCGAUUGCGUGGAUCGCCAAUCCUGCUACAUGCUGCGGGCCGACGAGCUUUACAAUGAGGUCACGCAGGACGCGUCGGGGAAGGGGGCCUCGCAAGGAAUGUUUAUCGGGUGCUUCUUGGACGCGGCCACCGGCGUUAUCUCGUUCACGUGCGAGGGGAAGGAAACCAAGCACAGAUUUAAGAUGGAGCCGGAGACGAAACUAUUCCCCGCCAUAUUCGUCGAGGCGACUAGCAAGGAGGUGCUUCAAAUUGAAUUGGGCCGAACCGCCACCACGUUACCGCUUUCGGCCGCCAUUUUGCAGAACAGCGCCAGACACGUCGUCCCUCAAUUCCCCCCGCGUCUCAAAGUGCAAUGCCUGAAGCCGCACCAGUGGGCUCGCGUGCCCAACAACAACCUGCAGGUCCACGCGCUGAAACUGUCCGACAUUCGCGGCUGGUCGAUGCUGUGCGAGGACCCCGUCUCCAUGCUAGCGCUGCAUAUUCCCGAGGAGGACCGUUGCAUCGAUAUCUUGGAGCUGAUCGAAAUGGAGCGCCUCCUCAGCUUCCACGCGCACACGCUGACUCUGUACGCGGCGCUCUGUUUCCAGAGUAACUAUCGCGCCGCGCAUACUCUCUGCAAGCACGUGGAUCAUAAACAGUUGCUGUACGCGAUCAAGUCGGAGUACAUGAGCGGUCCAUUGAGGCAGGGCUUCUACGAUCUUCUCAUAGCCUUGCACUUGGAAUCGACGGCGACGACCAUGGACGUCUGCAAGAACGAGUACGUCAUCCCCUUGGGUCAGGAACUGAAGGAUCUGUACGAGGAUCCCGAGAUGGGGCACAGUCUGCGCAAGCUCGAUACGGUAUCGGUCAAGCCCCAGAUGAAGAUGAGCGAAAUUGGGGACACGAUCGAGAAAAUCAAGACGCUCUACUCGCCAUAUUUCGAUCUCGAGGAGGUGCGCAAUUACGUCAUGCAGGCGCUGGCGGAGGCCGUCCAGAUUAACCAGCUGCACAAUCGCGAUCCCAUCGGUGGCUCCAACGAGAAUCUUUUUCUGCCUUUACUGAAACUCGUCGAUCGACUGUUGCUCGUGGGGCUGCUGCUCGAUGAAGACAUCGAAAAAUUACUGGUAAUGAUCCACCCUGAAACGUGGGAUCCCGAAUUCGAGAAGGAUGGAAAAGAUGAGCAUCGCAAGGGCCUGUUGCACAUGAAGAUGGCGGAGGGGGCGAAGUUGCAAAUGUGCUACUUGCUGCACCAUCUCGGCGAUGUUCAAUUGAGACACAGGGUCGAGUAUAUCAUCGCUUUCAGUCACGAUUUCGUCGGGGAAUUGCAAACCGAUCAGCUUCGUCGAUACAUCGAAAUUAAGCAGUCGGAUUUACCGUCGGCGGUCGCGGCUCGAAAGACGAGGGAGUUUCGUUGUCCGCCCAGGGAGCAGAUGAAAGCCAUACUGGGAUUCAAAAAUUUGGAAGAAGACGAUAGGGAAAAUUGUCCAAUCGGCGAGGAGCUAUGCGAGCAGUUGAAUAAGUUCCACGAGGAGCUCAUGUCUCAGGUGUCCCUGCACGCUUUGCAAGUGCCCGAAGAGGAAGCGGUCGACAUACAAAAGCCGGGCGCGCUGAAGAAGUUUUACAAUUUCAUCAACGCGGUCAAGGAGCUGGAGGAGGAGCCGAAGCCCGAGGAGCAACCCGCCCACGUGAUUCCCGAGCUGAAUUUCCGCAAGGUACUAAUCUCGACGAUCGUCCAUUGGGCGGAGGAGGCGCAGAUCGAGACGCCGAAAUUGGUUAGGGAAAUGUUCAGUCUGCUGGUGCGGCAGUACAAUUCGAUCGGAGAGCUGAUCCACGCGCUGGAAAAGACGUACAUAAUCAACGCGAAAACGAAGGGCGACGUUGCGGAGAUGUGGGUCGGGCUUAGCCAGAUUCGCGCGCUGUUGCCGGUGCAGAUGUCGCAGGAGGAGGAGGAGUUGAUGAGGGAGCGAUUAUGGAAAUUGGUUAACAAUCAUACGUUCUUUCAACACCCUGAUCUGAUCCGUAUUUUGCGUAUACACGAGAACGUGAUGGCGGUUAUGAUCAACACUUUAGGUCGCCGAUCCCAGACUCAGUCCGAUGCCAGCGCCCCCCAAGCGGAAGGUGAUGUAGCCGUUAAAGAAAAGGACACCUCUCACGAAAUGGUCGUCGCUUGCUGCCGUUUCCUUUGCUACUUCUGCCGCACGAGCCGUCAAAACCAAAAGGCGAUGUUCGAGCACUUAAACUUCCUCUUGGACAACAGCAACAUCCUGCUUUCGCGGCCGAGCUUACGUGGCUCCACCCCCUUAGACGUCGCAUACUCGUCCCUCAUGGAAAACACGGAGCUCGCGCUCGCACUCAGAGAGCAUUACCUGGAGAAGAUCGCGAUUUAUUUGUCGCGCUGCGGCCUGCAGUCGAAUUCUGAUUUGGUCGAGAGAGGGUAUCCGGAUUUGGGCUGGGAUCCGGUCGACGGCGAGAGGUACCUCGAUUUUCUCCGCUUUUGCGUUUGGGUGAACGGCGAGAGUGUCGAGGAGAACGCCAAUCUUGUUAUACGUUUGUUGAUUCGGCGACCCGAAUGUCUGGGGCCUGCACUGCGAGGGGAGGGUGAGGGAUUGUUGCGAGCGAUUAUUGACGCUAACAAGAUGUCGGAACGUAUAAGCGACAGAAGGAAGUUAAUGGAUGAAGCCGAAGGUACUGUUAACGUCUCCCACUUCGCCCAUCCUUUACCAGAGGGCGAUGGUGACGAAGACUAUAUCGACACCGGUGCGGCGAUUUUAAACUUCUACUGCACUCUCGUUGACCUUUUGGGCCGUUGCGCUCCGGACGCGGCCGUCAUUGCGCAGGGCAAAAACGAGUCGCUAAGGGCUAGAGCAAUUCUAAGAUCUUUGGUACCUUUGGAAGAUCUACAGGGCGUUUUGAGUUUGCGUUUUACCCUACACAAUCCGGCGGCCGGGGAGGAGCGACCAAAGUCUGAUAUGCCAUCAGGUUUAGUCCCGACCCAUAAGCAAUCGGUGGUCUUGUUUUUGGAACGUGUCUAUGGCAUAGAAACGGAGGAGCUGUUCUUUAAGCUCCUCGAAGAAGCGUUUCUACCUGACUUACGUGCUGCUACAAUGCUUGAUAGGAACGAUGGUAGCGAGUCCGAUAUGGCUUUAAGUAUGAAUCGCUAUAUCGGUAACUCGAUUCUUCCUCUUCUCAUACAACACAGCAAAUUCUACUCCGAAGCGGAAAACUACGCGUCGAUCUUAGACGCAACUCUACACACGGUUUAUCGCCUCUCCAAAAAUCGAAUGUUGACGAAAGGGCAACGUGAGGCUGUCUCCGAUUUUCUGGUCGCAUUAACUAGUCAAAUGCAACCGUCGAUGUUACUGAAACUGCUCCGCAAAUUGACCAUCGACGUCUCGAACCUGUCCGAGUACACGACCGUAGCGCUCCGACUACUCACGAUGCACUACGAUCGUUGCGCGAAGUACUACGGCUCGACGACCGGCCAGGGAUUGUACGGCGCUUCGUCCGACGAAGAAAAACGUCUCACCAUGAUGCUGUUCUCGAACAUUUUCGACUCGCUGAGCAAGAUGGACUACGAUCCUGAACUGUUCGGACGCGCCCUCCCCUGUCUGACCGCGAUCGGCUGCGCGUUACCGCCCGACUACUCCCUCUCGAAGAAUUACGACGACGAGUGGUACGCGAGCAAGACGGCGGCGAGCGGCCCCUCCGGUCCCGGCGGCCCCUACAAUCCCCAGCCGAUCAAUACCGCGUCCGUGCAGCUCAACAACGACCUGAACCAAAUCGUUCAGAAAUUCUCCGAGCACUACCACGACGCCUGGGCCUCGCGUAAGUUCGAAAACUCCUGGCAGUACGGCGAGGUGUGGUCGGACAGCAACAAAACCCACCCCCGCCUCAAGCCGUACGCGAUGCUCAACGACUACGAGAAGGAGCGCUACAAGGAGCCGGUGCGCGAAUCGCUGAAGGCCCUAAUCGCGAUCGGCUGGUCGGUCGAGCAUUCCGAAUCGGACGUGCCGACCAACAAGAACUCGAUCCGUCGAAGCUCGAAGAACGGCGAGUCGAAUUCGCCCUUCCACUACCACCCGCACCCGGUCGACACGACCAAUCUCACGCUGUCCCGAGAGAUGCAAAAUAUGGCGGAGCGACUCGCCGAAAACGCCCACGAUAUCUGGGCGAAAAAGAAGAAGGAGGAACUGAUCACUUGCGGCGGAGGCAUACAUCCGCAACUGGUGCCUUAUGACCUGCUCACGGAUAAGGAGAAGCGAAAGGACCGCGAGAGGUCGCAGGAGUUUUUGAAAUAUCUACAGUAUCAGGGAUACAAGUUGCACAAGCCCUCGCGCGAAACCGACACCGACACCGAGAAGACCGCGACCGGACCGUCGGUCGAACUUCGGUUCGCCUACAGUCUGUUGGAGAAGCUGAUUCAGUACGCCGAUCGCGCCACGAUUAACAUGAAGAUUUUGAAGCCGUCUGCCAUCUUCAGUCGACGUUCCACUUUUAAAACGUCGACGCGCGACAUCGUCUUCUUCUCGAAGGUCGUCCUGCCGCUGAUGGAGAAGUACUUCUCGACGCAUCGCAACUAUUUCAUAGCCGUCGCGACCGCGACCAACAACGUUAGCGCCGCCAGUUUGAAGGAGAAGGAAAUGGUGGCGGCACUGUUCUGCAAGCUGGCCAGCUUGCUUAGGAGCCGACUGUCGGCCUUCGGUGCCGACGUUCGUAUAACGGUCCGUUGCCUUCAGGUGCUCGUGAAGGGAAUCGAUGCGAAAUCGCUCGUCAAAAACUGCCCCGAGUUCAUCCGCACCUCCAUGCUGACCUUCUUCAAUAAUACCGCCGACGACUUGAUGCACGCCAUCGUUAACUUGCAGGAGGGAAAGUACAGCCAUCUGCGCGGUACCCACCUGAAGACGUCCACUUCGCUGUUUUACGUUAAUUCGGUGAUCAUGCCGGUCCUAACGGCGUUAUUCGAUCAUCUUGCCAAUUGCGAGUACGGCACGGACCUCUUGUUGGAUGAGGUCCAAGUGGCUUCCUACAAGAUUAUGUCGGCCCUUUACCAGUUGGGCACCGACACGACCUUGACCCACGAUCGCAAGUACCUGAAGACCGAGAUCGAACGCUACAAGCCGGCUUUGGGCUCGUGUCUCGGCGCGUUCAGCUCGACCUUCCCCGUCGCGUACCUGGAGCCCCACCUCAACAAGAACAAUCAGUUCUCUCUGCUGAACCGCAUCGCCGAUCACUCGCUCGAGGCGCAGGACAUCAUGGCGCGAAUGGAGACGUCGAUGCCGACCCUCGAGACGGUCCUCGGCGAGGUCGAUCAGUUCGUCGAAAGCGAUCGGACGUACGCCGACGCGCCGCACAUCAUCGACGUGAUAAUGCCGAUGCUUUGCUCUUACCUGCCGUUCUGGUGGCAGCAAGGGCCCGACAACGUCAGCCCGACCGGAGGCACGCACGUGACGAUGGUCACGGCCGAGCACAUGAAUCAGCUGCUGAAGAACGUUCUCAAAUUGAUCAAGAAGAAUAUCGGCAACGACAGCGCACCUUGGAUGACCCGCAUUGCCGCUUACACCCAACAGAUCAUAAUCAACAGCAGCGAAGAGCUCCUCAAGGAUCCGUUCCUGCCCCUAGCCGAACGUGUGAAAAAACGAACGGAAACCAUGUUCCACAAGGAGGAGAGCUUGCGAGGUUUCAUUAAGGGCUCCACCGACGAUACGUCACAGAUCGAGGCACAAAUUCAAGAGGACUGGCAGCUGCUAGUACGAGACAUCUACUCCUUCUAUCCGCUCCUAAUCAAGUACGUCGAUCAGCAGCGCAACCACUGGCUGCGUCAAAACGACAUGGAGGCGGAGGAUUUGUACAACCACGUCUCCGAGAUUUUCAACAUAUGGUCCAAGUCGCAGUACUUCCUGCGCGAGGAGCAGAACUUCAUCGCGGCGAACGAGAUCGACAACAUGAUCCUGAUAAUGCCGACGGCGACGAGAAGAUCGGCGAUACCGGACGGCUCCCAGCCGGCCGGCGGUAAGGUGAAGAAGAAGAAGCACAGGGACAAGAAGCGAAACAAGGACAAGGAGGUGCAGGCGUCCCUCAUGGUCGCGUGCCUGAAGAGGCUGCUGCCCGUCGGGCUGAAUUUGUUCGCCGGCCGCGAGCAGGAGCUGGUGCAGCACUGCAAGGAUCGCUUCUUGAAGAAGCUUCCCGAGCAGGAGAUCAUAGACUUUGCCAAGAACCAGCUGACUCUACCCGAUAAGCUCGACCCGGCCGACGAGAUGUCAUGGCAGCAUUACCUUUACAGUCAACUGGGCAGCAAGAAGAGCGCGGUCGUCGGAAGCGUCGACAACAACAGCGGGAAGACGCAGCUGGAGGAGACGGUCGAUCGGAUCGUCGCCAUGAGCAAGGUGCUCUACGGAUUGCACAUGAUUGACCACCCACAACAGCAGCAGAAAGGGGUGUAUCGCAGCGUGGUAUCCAUGCAACGUAAACGUGCAGUUCUUUCUUGCUUCAGACAAGCUUCAUUGCACAGUUUGCCCAGGCAUCGGGCGAUCAACAUUUUCGCACACACUUACCACGAGCUGUGGCUGCAAGACGAGAACGUCGGGCAGGAGGUGCUCAUCGAAGAUCUGACGCAGUCGUUCGAGGACGCCGAGCGGAAGAAGAAGGAGGAGGAGGAGGAGGAGGGCAAACCCGAUCCGCUAAUGCAGCUGGUUACCACCUUCUGCCGAAGCGCCAUGACGGAGUGUUCGGGCGCCCUGCAGGAGGAUCCGUUGUACAUGACGUACGCGGAGAUCAUCGCGAAAUCUUGCGGGGAGGAAGAGGAGGAGGGCGAGGAGGAGGGAGGCGGCGAGGGGGAAGAUCCGACGUCGUCGAUUCACCGGAUUAUGCCGAUUAAUAGAUUGAUGGAGCAAGAGAUGGAAAAACAAAAGUUGCUCUUCCACCAAGCCAGACUGGCGAAACGUGGCGUUUCCGAAAUGGUUUUGCUAAACAUUUCCGCUUGUAAAGGCGUUCCGUCGGAGAUGGUCAUGCAAACGCUUACGCUCGGUAUUGCGGUUCUGCGUGGCGGCAACACCGACAUACAGAAGGCGAUGAUCGACCAUCUUCAGGAGAAGAAAGAUGUCGGUUUCUUCACGAGUAUCGCCGGAUUGAUGAACAGCUGCAGCGUGCUCGACUUGGACGCGUUCGAGCGCAACACGAAGGCCGAGGGACUCGGCGUGGGAUCUGAAGGAGCGGCAGGAGAGAAGAAUAUGCACGACGCCGAAUUCACGUGCGCCCUGUUUCGAUUCAUUCAACUCACAUGUGAAGGUCACAACUUGGAGUGGCAGAAUUAUCUGAGGACCCAAGCCGGAAACACGACGACUGUAAACGUGGUCAUUUGCACUGUCGAUUACUUACUCCGACUACAAGAGUCAAUCAUGGACUUCUACUGGCACUACUCGAGCAAGGAGCUGAUUGACCCCGCGGGCAAAGCGAACUUCUUUAAGGCGAUCGCCGUCGCCAGCCAGGUUUUCAACACGCUCACCGAAGUUAUCCAAGGCCCGUGUACGCUAAAUCAGCAGACUUUGGCACAUUCCAGACUGUGGGAUGCCGUAGGCGGUUUCGUCUUCCUCUUCUCGCACAUGCAAGACAAGCUAUCGAAACAUUCCAGUCAAGUAGAUCUGCUGAAGGAGCUUCUCAACCUGCAAAAGGACAUGAUCACGAUGAUGCUGUCCAUGCUCGAGGGAAACGUCAUCAACGGCACGAUCGGCAAGCAGAUGGUCGAGACGCUGGUCGAGAACUCGCAGCACUUCGAGCUGAUACUGAAGUACUUCGACAUGUUCCUCAAGCUAAAAGAUCUAACGUCGGCCCCCAACUUCCACGAGAUCGACAUCAACAACGACGGAUGGGUCUACCUCAAGGACUUUAAGGAGAAGAUGGAACAGCAGAAAUCCUACACUGCGGACGAAAUCGAGUUCCUGCUGAUGUGCUGCGAGGUCAACCACGACGGUAAGCUCGACUACGUCGGGUUUAUGGACCGGUUCCACGAGCCGGCGAAAGAGAUCGGCUUUAACUUGGCCGUGCUGCUGACGAACCUCGGCGAGCACAUGCCCAACGAUCCGAGGUUGGCGAAGUUCCUGGAGGCGGCGGCGUCGGUUCUCAAUUACUUCCAGGCGUUCCUCGGUCGCAUCGAAAUUAUGGGCAGCAGCAAGCGCAUCGAAAGGGUCUACUUCGAAAUUAAGGAGUCGAACAUCGAGCAGUGGGAGAAGCCGCAGAUUAAGGAAUCGAAGCGAGCGUUCUUCUACUCGAUUGUCACCGAGGGCGGGGAUAAGGAGAAGCUUGAGGCGUUCAUCAAUUUUUGCGAGGAUGCGAUUUUUGAAAUGCAGCACGCGAACGCGCUUAUGGCCGUGGAGGAUUCCGGCGGUGGGGGACAGCAACGUGCGGCAAGCUACAGCGGUUAUCCAAGGGUUGACGACGAGACAAGACGUCGCGAUCCGAUUCGUCAGGGCUACCAAUCGCUCAAGGAGGGCAUCAAGUACGGACUGUCCUCCCUCAGUCCCUCCAACAUUAAGCACAAAUUUAACGAGAUGCAGCACAUGAGCGUGCCCGAACUGUUCAUCGGAUUCUUCAAAACGAUCUUCUUCGCCUUUUACUACUCCGGCUACGGCGUCUCGAUCAUCUUGCGGUAUCUCGUCCACAUACUGAUGUCGCUGAUGCGCGGACCUCAGCAGGAGGAGCCGGUCGUCGAGGUGAAGGACGAGGAGAAGGUCGGCCACAUGCGCGUGCUUCCGGCGCUACCCGCCGCGGCCGACGAUCAAAACACGCAAAUGCAGGCGUUCGGUUUGGACAUCACCAAGGAGGAGGGUGGGCAGUACAAGAUGGCGCCGCACGAGUCGCCCACCAGCACCACGCCUUCCAGUCCGGAAGGAGAGGGCGAGACGACGCCCGAAGAUGGCGGCGAGACUCGCGUCGAAACCGAAGCGGAAUCGCCCGUGUCUCUAUCGGACUUGCUUGGAGGGGACGCCGUUAAGCGGGCGGCUCAAGAGAAAGCCGAAGCUCAGGCGGCUCAGCAGGCCGCAAUGCAAGCGAUCGAAUUGGAGCAGAAGAAGGAGAGUGUCGUGGAGAAGGCGGCCGUUUCGCAGAUCAAUCUGAGCGGUUACGGCCAGAGGGCGGUCUCGUUUCUCGCGCGUAACUUUUACAAUCUCAAAUACGUCGCGUUGGUUUUGGCCUUCUGUAUCAACUUCAUGCUGUUGUUCUACAAGGUAUCCACUCUGGGAGUGGACGGGGAAGGUAGCGGUAGCAAGGAGGCCGAUUUGAUUGGGUCCGGCGAGGGUAGUGGAUCGGGAUCGGGCGGCGGGUCGAGCGAGGAGGACGAUCUACCGGAGAAAGUGCACGUUGACGAGGACUUCUAUUACAUCGAGCACGUGAUGCGUCUCGCCGCAUUUCUGCAUUCCUUAGUCUCAUUUUCGAUGCUGGUCGCCUACUACAAUUUAAAGAUACCGCUAGCGAUAUUUAAGAGAGAGAAAGAGAUUGCGAGACGCCUCGAGUUCGACGGUCUGUAUAUUGCCGAGCAGCCGGAGGAUGACGAUCUCAAUUCUCACUGGGACAAGCUGGUGAUUUCGGCAAAGUCGUUCCCCGUGAACUACUGGGAUAAGUUUGUGAAGAAGAAAGUGCGACAGAAGUACAGCGAGAGCUACGACUUCGAUUCGAUCAGUAACCUGUUGGGGAUGGAAAAGACGACUUUCAUGCAAACCGAAGCUCAGGAGAGCACCAGCGUGAUCUACUUUAUUCUCAACAUUGACUGGCGAUAUCAGAUCUGGAAGGCGGGAGUUACGAUCACCGACAACUCGUUCCUCUACUCCCUCUUCUACUUCAUAUUCUCCAUUUUGGGGAAUUACAACUUGUUCUUCUUCGCCGCCCAUCUCCUCGACGUUGCCGUCGGCUUUAAAACCCUUCGCACGAUCUUGCAGUCUGUAACGCACAACGGAAAACAGCUCGUUCUCACCGUAAUGCUGCUAACUAUCAUCGUCUACAUUUACACGGUGAUCGCGUUUAAUUUCUUCCGCAAAUUUUACGUUCAGGAGGAGGACGAGGAAGUCGACAAGAAGUGCCACAACAUGCUUACGUGCUUUGUCUUCCAUUUGUAUAAAGGUGUACGCGCCGGGGGUGGCAUUGGGGAUGAAAUCGAGCCGCCCGAUGGCGAUGACUACGAGGUGUACAGAAUCUUGUUUGAUAUCACGUUUUUCUUCUUUGUCAUUAUUAUCUUGCUUGCCAUCAUUCAGGGUUUGAUUAUCGACGCGUUUGGCGAGCUUCGUAGCCAAUUGGAGAGCGUUAAGGAGGUGAUGGAGUCUACGUGCUUUAUAUGCGGCAUGGGAAAGGAUAACUUCGAUAAGGUCCCUCACGGAUUCGACACACACGUCCAGCAGGAGCAUAAUUUAGCAAAUUACAUGUUUUUCUUGAUGCACUUAAUUAAUAAACCCGAUACUGAAUACACGGGACAGGAGACUUACGUGUGGAACAUGUACACGCAGCGCUGUUGGGACUUCUUCCCCGUGGGCGACUUCUUUAGGAACCACGAGGAGGAGGCAGGUGGCGGCGCGGGCUAGGUUUAUAUUCAAUUUUUUUCGACCGGGUUCUCUAACAAUCGUGAAGUUAACGCAAAUUGUAAAACUAGUUUUAAUAUUAAAUUUUUCUUGAUCAAUA